UCUUAAGUGGAGACUGGAAAGAACCAGAAGUGAAACGUGCAUUUUUCUCGCAGACAGAUCAACUUGAACGUGUGUUCCUGCGUCUUGGCCAUGCAGAAACAGAUGAGCAGUUACAGAACAUUAUUUCCAAAUUCCUACCCCCUGUUCUCCUCAAGUUGUCGAGUACGCAGGAAGGAGUUCGUAAAAAGGUCAUGGAGCUGCUGGUUCAUCUGAAUAAGCGCAUCAAAAGUCGUCCAAAAAUUCAGCUUCCAGUAGAGACAUUGCUAGUUCAAUAUCAAGAUCCUUCUGCAGUGUCUUUUGUCACUAAUUUUACCAUAAUUUAUGUUAAGAUGGGAUACCCCCGUCUGCCUGUGGAAAAACAAUGUGAAUUGGCUCCGACUCUUCUCACUGCAAUGGAGGGAAAACCUCAACCGCAGCAAGACAGCCUAAUGCAUCUUCUAAUACCAACCCUUUUUCACAUGAAAUACCCUGCGGAACCACUGAAAGCAGCAGCUUCUCCAUUUAAUCUUGCUGAAAAACCAAAGACUGUACAGCUGCUUUUGGACUUUAUGUUGGAUGUUCUUCUUAUGCCUUAUGGGUUUGUAUUGAACGAAUCUCAGAGUCGACAAAGCAUGCCCUCGGCCCAGGGGUCUUCAUCUAGUAGCACAGGAGGUCCUGGAAUCCCUCAGCCACCCCCAGGGAUGAGCUUUUAUGCAGCCAAAAGGGUAAUUGGAGAUAGCCCAUGGACACCAGAGCUGCUGGAACAGUGUAAGCUGGGGAUAGUGAAAUUCAUUGAAGCUGAGCAAGUGCCAGAACUUGAAGCUGUUAUACACCUGGUUGUAGCUUCCAGUGAUACAAGACACAGUGUUGCCACUGCAGCAGACCUUGAACUGAAGAGCAAACAAAGUUUAAUUGACUGGAACAAUCCUGCUAUCAUCAACAAAAUGUAUAAAGUGUAUCUUGGGGAUAUACCACUGAAAACCAAGGAGGGAUCUGUUCUGAAACCAGAAAUGAAACGAGAGUCAGUCAGCACCCGUGUUAAGUUAAAGAUAGUUCCUCAUCUUCUGCGAUCCAGGCAAGCUGCAGAAACGUUCCCAGCUAACAUUCAGGUAGUUUAUGAUGGACUCUUUGGUGCAAACACAAAUGCAAAGCUGAGAAGUCUGUCUCUGCAGUUUGUGCAUCAUAUUUGUAUCAUUUGUCCAGAAAGUAAAAUAAAGCCGUUAGGCCCAAUGCUUUUAAAUGGACUUACAAAGCUGAUCAAUGAAUACAAAGAGGAUUCAAAACUGCUGUCAAUGGCAUAUUCAGCGGUUGGAAAGCUCUCCAGCCGAAUGCCUCAGCUCUUCACCAAGGAUAUAGCACUGGUACAGCAGUUUUUUGAAGCUUUAUGCAAGGAAGAUGCUGAUACUAGACUUGCCAUUCAGGAGGCCUUGUCUAUGAUGGUUGGAGCAUACAGUAACUUGGAAGGAGCCCAGCGUACCCUGAUGGAAGCUCUUGUGGCUUCUUAUUUAAUAAAGCCCGAAGUUCAAGUACGUCAAGUGGCUGUGAAAUUUGCUAGCACAGUAUUCCCUCCAGAUCAUAUCCCUUCCAGAUACUUACUCCUGUUAGCUGCAGGAGACCCGCGGGAGGAGGUACAUGGAGAAGCCCAGCGGGUGCUGAGAACAUUUCCUGGUAAAAAUGAAAAGGAGAGUUCUGGAAAGCAGAUGCCUUCCUUCCCUGAAAUGGUCCACUACAUUCAAGACAAGGCCUCUCACCGAAUGAAAACUCCAGCUAAAUAUAUGACUGGAACUGCAGCGUUGCCUUUCAAUCCUGCCACAUUUGGAGAGAUAGUCCUGUAUCUGCGAAUGUGUCUUGCUCACAGUGCAGGUGUGGUGCCAACCUCACAGAGCUUGGCAGAUAUGCAAGAUCAUGCUCCAGCCAUUGGACGUUACAUAAGAAACCUCAUGUCUGGCAACCACAUAUCUUUCUCUUCUUCCUCCUCCUCUUCAAAAAGUGCAGAAAACAACCCUGUACAUAUAUACAUUGGCCUUCUUCAGCAGCUGUUAGCUGGUGUUGGAGGUUUGCCAGUCAUGUAUUGUCUCCUAGAAGUUGUUUCAGUGUAUCCAGAAAAACUAGCCACCAGAUUUGUAGACAAAAUGGAUUGGAUAAAGAGCCUGAUGAACACAAACAAAGAAGAAAUGCGUGAGCUCGCAGCCCUGUUUUAUUCUGUAGUGCUGUCCACCAUGUCUGGAGAUGAGCUUAGGACCUCCUUGGAACAACUGAUCAAGAUGACAAAAGACAACCAUAGCCCGGAGGUCCAACAUGGAUCCUUGUUGGCUUUGGGAUUUACAGUAGGAAGGUACUUGGCCAAAGGGAAAAUCAGAACAAUGGAGCUACAUGACAUAGAACAGCCAAACACUGCAGUCAUGCCGGAACAAGAACAGCUCAUAAAGUCGACAACGGAGACAAUAGGUUCUUUUCUGGAGAGCACCUCUCCCUUCCUCAUGGUGGCUGCUUGUACAGCUCUUGGGGAGAUUGGCAGGAAUGGCCCCUUGCCAAUCCCCAGUGAAGGAACAGGGCUUACAAAGCUACAACUUGUUGAAAACUUACUGGCCCGAAUCCCUUCCAGCAAGGAAACAAAUAAGAUGAAGGAACGAGCGAUACAAACAUUAGGUUACUUUCCAGUGGGAGAUGAAGAUUUUCCCCACCAGAAGCUCCUGCUGCAGGGUUUAAUGGAGUCUGUGGAGGCCAAACAAAUAGAACUGCAGUUCACCGUUGGCGAAGCUAUUACUAGUGCUGCUGUUGGAACCAGCUCAGUGGCUGCACGUGAUGUGUGGACAGUCACAGAGGAGGAAUAUAUCCCUCCUUCAGAUUUGAAAGUGAAUGAUGUGGUUCCUUGGGUCCUAGACCUUAUUUUGAACAAGCACAUUAUCAGCCCCAACCCGCACGUUAGGCAGGCAGCUUGCAUCUGGCUUCUGUCAAUGGUGAAGAAGCUGAGCACACACAAAGCAAUUAAGUCUCAUCUUAAGGAUAUUCAAAGUGCAUUUGUUUCAAUUCUGUCAGAUAGUGAUGAACUUAGUCAAGAUGUUGCUUCAAAAGGUCUUGGGCUGAUAUAUGAACUAGGAAGUGAACAGGAUCAGCAAGAGCUUGUUACCAUGCUUGUUGAUACCCUUAUGACUGGGAAAAGAGCCAAACACGAGAUGACUGGAGAAACUGUGGUGUUUCAAGGUGGCCUGAGCAAAACCCCAGAUGGUCAAGGUCUUUCUACCUACAAGGAGCUUUGUUCACUGGCUAGUGAUCUCAAUCAACCAGACCUGGUGUACAAAUUCAUGAAUCUGGCCAACCAUCAUGCCAUGUGGAAUUCUCGGAAGGGAGCAGCUUUUGGUUUCAAUGUGAUAGCUGCCAAGGCUGGAGAGCAGCUGACUCCGUUUUUGCCCCAGCUUCUUCCUCGACUCUACCGUUACCAGUUUGACCCUAACCUGGGCAUUCGGCAGGCAAUGACCAGCAUUUGGAAUGCCUUGGUCACCGACAAGUCGAUGGUUGAUAAGUACAUGAAGGAAAUUCUUGAGGAUUUGAUCAGUAACCUAACCAGCAGUCUGUGGAGGAUCAGGGAAUCCAGCUGUCUGGCACUGAAUGACUUACUAAGAGGAAGACCUUUGGAUGACAUUAUAGACAAAUUUCCAGAGAUCUGGGAGAUGCUCUUCAGAGUGCAAGAUGACAUUAAGGAGACUGUGCGAAAGGCAGCAGAACUAGCCCUAAAAACCUUAAGCAAGGUCUGUGUGAAAAUGUGCGAUCCUUCCAAAGGAGCAGCGGGUCAGAAGACGAUAGCUGUGUUGCUCCCUUGCCUCCUAGACAAAGGGAUAGUAAGCACAGUUGCAGAAGUCCGAUCUCUCAGUAUUAACACUCUUGUGAAGAUCAGUAAAAGUGCUGGGUCUAUGCUGAAACCUCAUGCACCAAAACUUAUCCCAGCCCUGCUGGAAUCUUUGAGUGCACUGGAGCCUCAAGUCCUGAAUUAUUUGAGUCUUUCUGCAACAGAACAGGAGAAAACUGCAAUGGAUAGUGCCAGACUUAGUGCUGUCAAAUCAUCUCCCAUGAUGGAAACCAUUAACAUGAGCUUGCAGUAUUUGGAUGUGUCCGUCCUGGGUGAGCUGGUUCCUCGGCUGUGUGAACUGAUCAAAAGUGGAGUAGGCCUUGGCACAAAGGGAGGCUGUGCCAGUGUAAUUGUGUCUUUAACCACACAGUGUCCUCAGGACUUAACACCUUAUUCAGGCAAACUUAUGAGUGCUUUACUUAGUGGCCUGACUGAUCGCAACAGUGUGGUACAGAAGUCUUUUGCCUUUGCUAUGGGGCAUCUAGUCCGGACUUCCCGGGACAGUAGCACUGAGAAGCUGCUACACAAACUCAGCAGUUGGUACAUGGAGAAGGAAGAGCCAGUUUACAGAACAGGCUGUGCUUUAACUGUGCAUGCUAUGGGACGCUACAGUCCAGACGUGGUGAAGAACCAUGCUAAACAUGUGCUGCCAUUGGCUUUUCUUGGUAUGCAUGAGGUUCCUGAUGAAGAGAAAGGAGAGAAAGAGAAUUCUACUCUGUGGACUGAAGUUUGGCAGGAAAAUGUACCUGGUACUCAGGGUGGUAUCAGACUGUAUAUGCAGGAGUUGAUAACUCUUACCCAGAAGGCUCUGCAGUCCCAGUCCUGGAAGAUGAAAGCCCAGGGAGCCGCUGCCAUGGCAUCAAUUGCCAAACAGACAGGCUUCCUUGUACCACCGCAUCUGGGAAUAGUGCUGUCCGCGCUGCUGCAAGGCCUGCCAGGGAGAACCUGGACUGGGAAGGAGGAGCUGUUGAAGGCCAUUGCCAGUGUCGUCUCUGCAUGCAAUGCAGAGCUGCAAAAGUCAGUACCUGGCCAGCCCACCGUCAAUGAUGUUGUCCAGGCUAUCCUGAAAGAAUGUCGGAAAGAGAACCUGAAGUAUAAGAUGGUGGCACUGCGCUGUGCAGCUGGGGUGCUGCAGACAACAAAGGAAGACCGGUUCCAGGAGCUGGCAGAUAUCAUCUUUCCCAUGAUAAAGAAGAACUCUCUUGAGAGCAUAGGCACAGGUUUCCCAAAGCAUGAUGAAGACGACGAGGACAUGAGGGAGAAAGAAGUACAGAUGGAGUCCCUGAUCUGUGCCUUCGAGAGCUUGGGCAAAGCCUGGCCAAGGAGCCCGGAGACACAGCGUUGCUAUCGCCAAGAGUUUUGCAAGUUAAUGUGUGACCGUCUGAAACUCAGCACGUGGAAAGUGCAGCUUGGAGUGCUACAAGCCAUGAAUGCCUACUUUCAAGGGCUAAUGCUGUUUGAUGAAGAACACUCAGACCCUGCGGCUUUGACAGAAAUACUGUUGGAAACCUGUUCAUCUAUCACCCAUUCUUUAGAAAACAAAAGCUACACGUCCAUAAGAACUGAAGCUUUGUCUGUGAUACAACUGCUGCUCACCAAACUGCAAGAAGCUCAGCAGUGGGAAAGCCUGACACCAGAAAGCAGAGAGCGCCUCAUUCAUUCGUUGUCUACGAUGGCAUCAGAUAGCAGACCCGAGCUACAAGAGAAGGCGUUUAUAUUGAAGAAAACACUUGAAAAUCUUGACUAA